AUUUGGUGUGGGUAUAUAUUGAAACGAGUUAUUGGUCUGAGAGAGAGAGGUUUCAGAGAGAGAGAGAGAGAAAGAGGGCUUGGGAUUGGGAAGAAGGUGAGGGAUUGACGCUACGUCUCUUCCUCUUCCUCUUCGAUCCAUCCCUCAUUUCAACCACCUCAGCCUCAGAUCUGAACGUGUGAUAUACCACCCAUGGCUUCAAAGCGCAUUCUCAAGGAGCUCAAGGACUUGCAGAAGGAUCCACCUACUUCUUGCAGCGCUGGUCCUGUGGCUGAAGACAUGUUCCAUUGGCAGGCAACGAUUAUGGGCCCUACUGAUAGUCCAUAUGCUGGAGGUGUAUUUCUAGUCACCAUUCAUUUCCCUCCUGACUAUCCUUUCAAGCCUCCCAAGGUUGCAUUUAGGACUAAGGUCUUUCACCCAAACAUCAAUAGCAAUGGUAGCAUAUGUCUUGAUAUCCUGAAGGAGCAGUGGAGUCCCGCACUUACCAUAUCUAAGGUACUGCUUUCUAUUUGCUCACUGCUAACUGAUCCAAAUCCUGAUGACCCUCUUGUUCCGGAGAUUGCUCACAUGUACAAAACUGACCGGACCAAGUAUGAGGCGACUGCACGUAGCUGGACUCAGAAGUAUGCCAUGGGCUGAUGUGUGUAUAUUGAAUGGGAUCUAUUAAAACUGUUAUGGGUUUGCUUUUGUCUCUUCCUGUUUUCUGGAGGGAGAUUAUGUUUCUGUUAUGAGGGAAUGGGAAGGUGGUGUCUUUAUUUGAUAAAAAAAAUAACUAUGUUCAACCACUGAUGUUUUAUCAUGAUGCAAAGACACGAACAGGAUGUUGUGUGUCAUGGUUGUGUUGUAACGUUCUCUAUGAAGCAAUGUAGAAAUAGUGAUAUGUCACUGACACCGACCGCACCCAUUACGUUUCUGAUUGUGAUAACAUAUCAUUAGUUCAUUUCUAUAUUAGGUUAAUAUUUAUGGAAAAUGUUAACUUCCGUUUUUAGUGCUGAAAUUAAAUGCUUAAUAAUACUAAAUUUUAUUUGAGAAAUGAAGUAUUUCAAUUAGGAACCAUUUCCAACUUUUGUAUUUUUAAUGUAGUGAUUUUUUUUCAUUUUCAUUACGAAUUUGCUAUAUUUGGAUGCAUAAAUUUUAUAUUUAAAGUUGAAGUU